AUGGAGCACCAGCGGUUCCCCAGCGGGGCCUCCCCCCACACCCCCACGCAGGUUUUCUUUAUUCCCCUCAUCGUGCUCCUCAGAGGUCCCCGGCCGCGCCCCCGGCCCCCUGCCGCCUCCGACCGCGGGGAGGCCCCUGGCCGGGCGCCCCCACGAGCUGGUGACACCCGUCUCCUGCCCCCGAACAGACAGCCCCGUGAAGCGCCCGCGGCGUGGCGGCCGGGCGGCGAGGACGGAGAGGCGUCUCCGCAGCGGGGUGUGACCUCGGUCUCCGGUCGCCUCGCCUGGGCCGGGCCCCCACCCCACCCCACCCCACCCCACCCCACCGGACCCCGGCCCCGGCUUCUGGGCGUGCGCGUGCCUGCCCCUGCCAGUCUGCGCGCGCGCACGCGCCUGUCAGGGCCGGCCCGUGCGCGCGCGCGCGCCUGUCUGUGUGCGCGCGCCUGUGCCUCUGCGUCCGCGCGCGUCUACCUGUGCGCGUGCGCGCCCCGGCCCCUGCGGGGGGGGGGGCCCUCCCCCUCCCCCCGCCAGUAUUUCCGACCCCCUCUCCCUCCCCCCAUCCCUUCCCCUCCCCCUCUCGCUCCCCAGCCGCCCCUCACUGCCCCCCUCACUCUUCUCAGCGCGGCUUUGUGCUCUCGCCUCCCCAUCCUUUUUCUUCCACUCCCUCCUCUCUCACCUCCCCACCCCCUCCGGGCUCCACGCGCGCCUGGCACUCCCCGCCCCUCGCUCACACCCCUCCUUUCUCGGCCUCUCUCCUCCUCCGCCCCGCUCUAUCCCGCCUGCUCGCCCGCCCGCUCGCUCGCUCGCUCGCUCUCCACACUCGGGUCCCCCUUGUUCUUGUCUCUAGUUGCCGUCCGCUCUCCCCCCUUCCUCCGCCUGCUCUCCUCCCUGUCCUGCUCCGCCUUGGCCUUCUCAUCGCGGCCCUGGCCGAGCUCUCCCUCCUUCUCGGUCGCUGUCCCCGUUCCUCCCCGUCCCCUUCCGCUCUCCCCGCCCUGCGUCUCUGCCUUCUUACCCCGUCUGGCCUCGCUGCUCCCGGUUCGCUCCUCCGCUCCGCACCCUCCCCUGCUCUCCCGGACCGUCUUCUGCCCCCGCCCGUCUUCUCCCGUGCGUUCCCUUCCACUUCCGACUGUCUCCCUUCGCCUCUCUCCCUCCUUCUCCUUCCCCAGACGUCGUUCUCCCCGCCACCGUCUCCCCUCUCCGCCUCUCUCUCAGGGCCUCCCCCCAGCCUGUCUUCUCGGUCUCCCUUCCUCGUACCCCUCCUCAUUUCGUGUGUUUCCCCCUGCGCUUUCUCUUCCCUUCUUUCCUCCUGGCUCCCCUCUCCUGCUGGCUUCCAUCCCUUCUCUCCCCACCCCUUCACUCUCUCUCCCUCUUUCCUCUCUCUCCUCUGAAUCUGCUGCUUCUCUCUCUCCCCUCCCAGACUUCUCCCCUCGCACUGGCCUCCUUUCCUCUGAGCCUUGUCUCCCGGGAGGCCCCUCCACGCCCAGCCCCCGGCAGGGGCCCUGAGCUCCUCUCCCGUCUCCCUGCCUGAAGUCUCGAGCUGACAUCCACCUGGGGAUCUGUGCCGCGUUGGUGGCAAGAGGCUGGACAGCCCGAAGCAGGGCUGCGAAGCCUGCGGCCCCCCGAGGUGCAAGGGCAUGUGUGACACCCUUUUUCUCUCUCUUUUCUGUCUGUCCUGGACCCUGGACACUGCCCGGAGGAAGGAGGCCUGCCCCUGGCCCAGGAAGGAGGAAAUGAGGAGCUGGCCAGAGACCGGGAGUGAGUUGCCUGAAGACCACAGCAUGCGACAUGGAGCGUGGGAGGACCUCACCCGACUCCCAUUUCACGGAUGAGAACACAGGCACCGGUGUUCCCGAAGAUCGGCAUCUGCUAGGACAGAGGCUUCGUGGGGACCCCGGCCUUCCCAAAGGGCCAACAGCACCCCCUGCAGGGCACUUCUCUUCGUGGAGAGGGGCCAUGUGGGCCUGACCUCCCCAGAGUAUCCGGCGGAGUAUCCUAUGGGCCUGGGAGGUAUUCUCUGGCGGCGCGAAACCUUUUAUCGCCGCCUACUGAUAAAGGACGGAACUGCAACCCAGCUGGAUUAGGCACCGUGAAUGGCCGCGAAAAACA